AUGUAUUCAACUCUGUCGAGAAAGACGCUCAGCCAAUUCACUAUAUGCCUUGUUCUACUCCUUUAUCUUCCAUAUACGAUGCCUGUCUCGGCAUUUCCUAUCAAAAUUCCCCCUAUCUCAUUACCAGAUAUUGACAAUUACACCCUUACUGUAGUCCUUCCAAUAUUCCUUGCCUAUGGAAUCGCAGCAUGGACUCUCCUCCUUGCAACUGGAAGCAUUAUUCCUAAUUUUAUUUUCAUUAUUGAAUUCACCGUUACCGCCUUUUCUGCUUCCUACCUUUGGAUAAACGCAUUGAAAGAUCAGUAUAACCCCAUCAUGGUCGUUGGGCUAUUCACUUACUUUAUAUAUUCUGCUUAUCUGUUAAGCGUUAUUAUAAUCUCAUAUAAAAGGGCGGGAAUGCGAGCUUUAAUUAGUGAUGAACCUAACGUGUAUAUAGCAUUAUCAAGAGAGGGUUUCUGGAUAAGUAUAAUUGUGAUAGGUGUUUUUAUUGGUCAUAUCUAUUUUUGGGAGAAUCGUUUGACUUUAAAAGACAAGCUUUUCUUGGGAGUUUUCUUAAUUGGUGCAGCGUCAACAUUCGGAAGGAAGCUUCAUUUAUAUUUUCAGGGUUUUAGAAACCUACCACAACCUUCCCAAGUUGCGUAUUUUGUACUUUCCUUUAUUUUCUUUUGUUUCUUAAUCAGUAAAAUCGAAAAAGAUGAUGAUGAGAAGGGAAAGAGUUUAUUUAUAAUUUUUACAGCGGGAUUUCAUCAAUUUGUGUACGUUAAAUACGAGAGAGUGCUUUUGGCGUGUGUACACCCGUUUAUAUUGAUUAUGUUGCUUCUGUAUUGA